UAUCACGUGAUAUUUUUCGAGAUUCGGCGAAACUCGCACUGUCACGACGGACUCAAUAUCACAGAUAGCUACAUAAUGAGCGUUCUUGCAGCUCCUGGCCUUGGAGAUACAUACGGGUCUGAUAGGCCGAAAGAAGUUUAUUUCAGUCCAUACGCCCAGAAUGGAGGGACCACACUUGCUGUGGCUGGUAAUGACUUCUCUGUGAUAGCCUCUGACACAAGACUUAGCGAAGGCUUUUCCAUACACAGUAGGACCAACCCCAAAACAGUCCAGUUGACAGGAAACACAGUGCUAGCCUCAUGUGGCUUCUUUGGAGAUGUUCUCACAUUAGUAAAAAUUCUGAAAGCAAGACUGAAGAUCUAUGAGCAGGAUCACCACCAGAAAAUGUCCACUACAGCCAUUUCUGCUAUGCUGUCCACUAUGUUGUACCAUAAACGCUUCUUCCCCUACUACACAGACAACAUAGUCGCAGGCCUGGACAAUGAAGGUCGUGGAUGUGUGUACAGCUUUGACCCUGUAGGAUCCUAUGAGAGGGAGUCCUUCCGAGCUGGUGGCUCUGCCAGCUCCAUGAUGCAGCCCUACUUAGAUAAUCGGAUUGGACACAGAAACAACCCUAAUCCCCCAAAAGGUCCACUCACCAAAGAGCAGGCUGUGAAGCUGAUUAAGGAUGCUUUCAUUGCAGCAACAGAGAGAGACAUUUACACGGGUGAUGGUGUCGUUAUACAUGUGAUAACCAAGGAUGGUAUAGAAACUGAAAGUUUUGGUCUCCGUAACGACUAGAUUCAUCACACAGACUAUCAUCAGAUACCCCUGGUAUGGUGUUAAUAAUUCACCAACUACAGUCAUGGUGUUUAGAUCAUCAGAUACACCAGGGUUGGUGUGUUUUGUACAGGAGUAAAAAUCGAGCUUGCACACCUAGUUGACAUUUCCUGGACAGGACUUUGUCAAUUAGAAUGCAUGGAAAAACUCCAGUAAUAUUAUAAGUGCUGCAUUUUGAUGCCAUUUUCAAAAAAAUCUUCUGUCUGACAACAAUUGUUCAAUAAAAUUUAAUAUGUCAUGCU